CGGCAGAAGUGCCUUUAUCUCUCACAUGGAAACAUCUGUCCAUCACACGAGAAGAUUUAUUUUUAUAUUUGGAAAUAUUCAUGUAAUCUGAUUGUUUUGUGGCAACUAAAAGAAAGAAAAAAAUGCUGCAAUUGGUGAUUUUGCUCCUUGCUUCAAGUUCAGUCACUUUGUAUUCAGAAGUUGUACGAGAGUAUCACUUGAUGAAUGAGAAUAAGGAAUGGGAGGAGGCCCAGGCGUACUGCAGAGAGUACUUCACUGACCUUGUUACCAUUGGCAGUCACGAUGAAAUGAAGACAUUGAUAACCCUGACAAACAAUAUGACGGGGGAAAUCUGGAUUGGUCUGAAAAAGACCGGGAUGUUGACGUGGUCAUGGUCUAUAGGAGAAAAAAACGGAUUAGCCGAAUACAGUAACUGGGCCGCUUCUCCUGUCUCCUCUCAACACUGCGGAAGCAUGAGGGGUGAUGGGAAAUGGAUCAGUGGACUCUGUACUACAACUCGUCCUUUUGUCUGUCAGGGAGGUGGGAUGCAUGUCGUUCUUGGAGAGAAAAAUUGGAGGGAUGCCCAAACAUACUGUCGACAGAAUUAUAUUGACUUGGCCAGUGCGAGCAGCGAGACUGAAAACCAUGCAGUACAGCAACUAAUUAGUAACAUGUCACUGUCCUCGGUGUGGUUCGGUCUGUUCAGAGAUGAUUGGAAAUGGUCGGACAGUAAAAGUUCCUUCAGAUACUGGCACCAAUACCAGCCAAAUGAUGAUGGAAGCUGUGUGUUGUUUCGUCCCAGUAGCAAAGGUUGGUGGGACAGACCCUGUACUUACACAUAUCCCUUCUACUGCUAUAAGGUACAUAAAAAACAUGUGAAGAUUGUGAGAGUGGAAAUGAAGUCAGAUCCAUCCUCAGACUUCAAUGACGUAGCUAUGUCUGAUGCCAUUUUGCGCGAACUCCUCCAAAAGUACCAGGGUCUCUACCUUCAGUGGAGAGUCCAGCCAGACGGGAAGGUUUUCCAGAAAAAACAGAAGAAAAACUAAUGAAGAAGAUUAUGAAAUGAUGAAGAUGAAGAGUUCUUUUAAAGGUUCCCUAUUAUACUCUUUUCCAACAAUAUUUUGUAGUUCUCAGAAAAAUACAAAACAUGUCUCUGAAGUGUUUGGCUCAAAAUACCAAACAGCUCAUUUAUUGUAGCGUGCUAUCAUUCCCUCUGUUUAAACUCUGUUUCAAAAAUGCUGAUUCUGUGUCUGUAGCUUUAGAUGCUAAUGAGUUGCUGCUGGCCACACUCCUCUGCGAGAUGAUUGGUUAAAAAAAAACACAUUGGUGGAGUAGAAGGAGAAUCAGGUGGAAAGGGGGGUAGGGUAUAACCUUGAUUGGUUAUUGGCCAAUGGUUGCGCAACCAAAAAAACUGUUGUUACAUCACAAAAUCUGAUCAGGAUCAGGAUCCGCAAAAGUAUUCACACUUCAAUUUGCAAUCCUUACACAAAGGUGUUCUGUUUCAUAGUCUAUUCAUGUAAAUAAAAUUCAAACACAGAAAAAGGUUUUACAUGUGUAUUUUUGAUCCACACAUACUUGUUUUCCGUUUCAAACCGCUGAACCUGCAUACACAAACCGCUUUCUAAGGGUUUUUUGAGACUCCCCUGACGCUCACCCGAUUCUGCGCUUGUAAUGUUUUCUAUUUAUAGCCAACCAGAUGUCUCCUCCAUUCUAAGCCAAUCACAUGAGCGCACGUCCACGAGGUAGGCUAUAUGUUCAAAUAUAUUAAUGAGCCCAAUUUUCAAAUAAAUUCAGUCAUUUAAAAUGUAAAACAUUUUCUAACAAAUCUUAGUUGAUAAAAAGAAACCACAAUAACUUAUUUCUAUAACAAGCUUGAAAUUGAACCUUCAUAUUUACUCUUAUUAUCAGCAAUCUGAGGCUUCUGUUUUAAGGAAUGAGCUGCCAACAAAAUUAAUGAAACCCUAAAGAGAGAUGGGAUGUGGGCUGUUUUAUUCCUGAAAGCGUAUCGCGCAUUAUUCAGCUACAUUUGAUUUGUUUUGCUAACUUAUAACUUAACUUUUGAGGCAAUAGUCACCUCUAGAAGUGGCCCAACUCCCCGUAUAUUUUUCUAUGUGUGGCCCUCAGUGAAAAAAGUUUGGACACCCCUGAUGAUAGGAAAGGACCUCUGCAACUUGAAAUGAUCUAAAACUAUUUGAUAAAUGAUCAAAUAAAGUCCACAUUUCAGUGUUUACUGAGCUGUGUGGGGUUUCUGAAACGUUUUAAAACAUGUUUGAAUUGUGAUAUACAAAGUGACAGGUUAAGGCAUAACUAGUUUAAUAUAAACACAUUUGUAUUUAUUUUAAAAUAUUUCAUAUAAUCAUAUGUAUUGGGAUUCAUGUGGAUUACUACGUGCGGACCGGAGGGUGAGGGUGACAAGCAUAAGUUUCAUUUUUGUUUUUUAUUUCAAUUCCAACCUUGGUCCUGAAGAAUCUGUCUCUUUUGAGUUCUCCUAUCCACUAUUCCUUAACCCUGUGACGUUUCACCAAAGGUCAAGGAAUAGUAGAUAGGAAUAGACGACAGGAGCUGAUUUUUUGACAAUACGACCGUACCCCAUAUCUGUUAACAGAGGGGCACAUAUAUGUGUAUGAAAGACAUGAAAAGGUGGAUUUUGCAUAAUAAUAAUAGUCAAUGUUUUUUAUAUUGUUCACAUUUAUCUGACACUGUAUUGUAUUUAUUUUUUACUGUACAAGUUUUCAUGUUAUGUUCAUUCUUAUGUGUCUUUAUUAGUUAACAGUGUGUGUAUCCUUUUGUGAGCAUUAUCUAUACUGCCAAUGCCUUUGUGUAGCUGUAGAGGACGCUGUGUUCACUGUGAAUUCUGGGUAAUGUAGGCACCAGGUUAAGAAGGAAUAAGACUAUUACCGGAUCUACUGCGUUGAUAUAGACUGUUUAAACCUCCAACAUGAAUCCAGAAAUGUGAAAUUGGUUGAAAACUAUUCCAAGGCAACAAAAACAAACACUUAAAACUUUUUUCUUUACGAAUAACUUUAUGUUCUCCUGUUAUAUUGCAUUAAAAAGGCUGACAGUAGUAAUACAGCGAGACAAGCUUGAGUGAAAAGGCAAUACUCGAUGAAAAAUUACAGAGCGAUCCGAUGUAAUCCACAUCUGACCUGCAGCACUGCUCGAGACUAAAUACCUGCAUAUGAUGUACAUAAAUACAGGUUGUACUAUUAUGGUGCUUCUGUAAUAAGACAGUGGUACAAAUAAAAUAUAAAAACAGAUUUAAGGUGGCAGUGAAAUAACUGGAGUUUGUGAGUCUUUAACAUACUGAGCACUGAAAGGAAACUGACCUUUAUAUGUUGUACAUUUUGAAAGUGUGAAAACAUAAAAUAAUUUCCUGAAUAUAAUACCAGUCAAACAGUAAUGCCAACCUGUGGAUUUGUUAUUUCACCACCAUUCCCGUCACAGCAUUACAAUCGUGUGUUUGUAGAAAGCAGAUAAAUACAUCAUGAGUAAACA